AUGUCGACCGUGACAAGGGUACCGGACAGGGCGCCAUGUGCUGCUCACACGCAGAGUCACAAUUCGAAGUCCAGAGCUGAUGCGACAGGCAUCCUCGCAGCCCAGGCCAGCACUGGCACCGGUGGGAGGAUGAAUGGGAAUGCUCACGUUGCCGCCAGAGCAAUUUGCAUUACACUCCUCGGCGUCAAGCCAGCGAAUGACAGUGCCCGAGCUCGCGCGUCGAGCAUUCCCGCCUCCGCUAGGUAUGGUGAGAAAAUUGCACAGUACCUCCCCCGAAUUACCCCGUUGCUGCUGAAUCCUGGAUUCAUUUCCAACAUCUCGAUUGCAAUCAUCGAUGGAGUCAUCAUCACCCGACCUCAGUCGAUCAUCCACUAUGGUAUGGCCCGUAUGCGCUGCCACAGUGGAAUGCGUAAGGAGGUAGUCACACUGUUGCGACCGAGUGUGCCAGAACGAACCGUCCGUCUCGCUUCCAUGCUGCCGGUAGACGCAACGCCCGGUCAGGCCGAGCAAACCGAGCAGUGA